GGAACAGAUGACUUGGCUCCAUUUCUCCAGAGGCUCCACUUAGAGGCCACCGAGAUGCUCGUUUUGGCCACACUGUUAGUCGUCUAUGUCGUUAUUGUUGGUUCCUUCUCAUCAUUUGCUCCUGAGAAUUUAACAGUGACCUUCCUCUCGCCAACCUCAGUUAAAGUCUCUUGGCAAACAUUACUCAACUACAACAACUCGACGAAUAUUUCGAAGUACGAUGUUGUGUACAAACCAACUGAUGCCAGUUACAGGGUUGUGGCCGAAGUCGCGGGCAACAGCGAAGCAGUCACUCUCAUCAACUUGCUGCCCGACAAACAAUAUCAACUCACCGUUGCGGCGCUGUUUAACGGAAAGAAGUACAGAAGUCGUCCGAUAGUAUUUCGCACUCUGGAGCCACCAAAGUCGUCUCCUCACCAGGGUUCUGGUGCUUUGGGUAACUCUUUCGGUCCCGUGGGCUCUCCAAUGUCGUCUCAGGGCAUCGCAGACGUUAAUUAUCCCAUAUUAGGAGCCUACGAUGAAUAUGGCAACCUGACCAAUAACUCCACAACAAGAGAACUUCCAACGAUACGGGGCGUUGAGGUGGGCAUCGUAGUGCUAGUUUUGUUCGUCUGGGCCGGAGCUAUCGCGCUCUUUUUCAAUCGCUGGGGCAAAAUUCGCAUGCUACUUCCAUAUCAGCCCGACUACAAGCAAGAGCAGGGCCUCAAAGUCCCGGGCACAGGCUGCUCUUCCGGCGCCUGCAACGGACAACACUCGCACCAGUCGUAUUUCCGACAACACUGGCCAGAAGAGCAAUCCACCGUCAUUGAGGAUCGCUGCACGCGGAACAGGAUCAACUCGGCGAUCUUUGUGUCGUCAGAAGGAAAGGGAUUCGACUCAAUUGAGUUCCUGAGGCGCUACGGCUCGCAGAGUGUCUUGUGCCGGAAGGCGCGCAGCGCGGAGAACAUCACGUCUGUGGACCAGAGGCGUCGUCUGUCAGAGCAUCACAACUGGAACUCGAGCAUCCGGCAGCCGGAGAAUUGCCUCACGGAGAUGUUCGAGUUGGUGGAGUGCCACACGCCACAGACCGACGUCCGCACCACCGAGACCACUUCCGUGGUCGUCUCCGUGGCCGCCGUGCCGUCAAUUAGCGGCGAGACCACCACCAGCACGGCCAGUGCGACCCCCAAGAUGAGCCAGAAGACGCGCCAGAAGGUCGCCAAUCUGCCCACACUCUCCAUCUCGGGGCCCUCGCCGCCCCACGAGGAGUUCCUGUAAGCCACGUCGCAA